UCUCAGCUGACCCAAGGUCUGUCGCACGCCAACAUCAAAAUGUUGUCUAUUCUGAGAAAAGCCAGACUAAAAGAUAAAGAGAUGCGAAUCUUGAUGCUUGGCCUUGAUAAUGCCGGAAAGACUACGAUCGUCAAGCAGAUUAUGAAUGAGGAUGUCACCACCGUCAGUCCCACGCUAGGUUUCAUCAUCAGAACAAUUGAUUUUCAGGGAUACAAACUCAAUAUUUGGGAUGUGGGAGGGCAAAAGACACUACGGUCAUACUGGAAAAACUACUUUGAGAAGACAGAUACUUUAGUCUGGGUAGUAGAUGCAACAGAUCGUCUAAGAGUUGGUGAUUGUCGGGAUGAACUGGCAGGCCUUCUUCUUGAAGAGCGACUGACGGGCGCCAGCCUUUUAAUAUUCCUAAACAAAACUGACGUUGAAGGAUGCAUGACAGAGGAAGAAGUACACAGACAACUGGACCUAGAUUCGAUCAAGACCCAUAAGUGGAAGAUAUUACCCUGCAGUGCCAUGACAGGAAGAAAUCUUCAUGCGGGUCUAGAAUGGGUGGUACAAGAUGCGAAAGACAGACUGUUUCUUUACUAAAUCGAGCCGAUGAUGGCUGUUAUAUACCUAGUAAAUGAUGGAUGCUAGUGCUAGUGUCUUAUUCACGUCUUUUCCUUCCCCUUCGUCUGUCAUCAUGCAAUAUUGCAUUCUAAAAAUCUUUUGUCCACUUGCAGCUAGCUGAGUUUCCUAGUAUUCCACACUAAAUUUAAUUCUUUGGGGCUUCUUUUUUGCUUUUUUGCACGACAAGGGUAGAGGACAAGGGGUUUGUUUAGGUAUGCUCAGAUGGUACGAUCUGAUCUUAGUCUAACAAUGAGCUGAGAGAAGGAAUUGUUCAGAAUCUUAAAGCGACAAGAGAGGCAAUGGUGUGAUGGAUUUCAGAUUUUCGGGUUGGUGUCCUUGGUGUCCCACCAGAACGGGGAGUAUCUAGGACGACGAAACCUCAUCAUCAGGCGCGAUGUCUCACUGCUCACUGUCAUUCUUUCCACCUGUCAAUUCAAGGUCCGUGGGUCAGAAGGAGACCAGAAGCGUCAUGUGUCUUAAAACCAUCCGUGGAUCUACUGCCAAG